GCGAGGAUGAAGGCAGCCAUGUCACCGCUUUUCAUCAUUUUACUAAUUAUAAUGAUGUGUAGUUGCGGCAUUAUUUCCGCUCUUGACCUUGCCAGAACAAAUGCAGCGGAACGUCGCCCUCGUGUUGAUUUGAAAAUAUCCGAACGAGACCAACAUAACUCAAUUGAGAAGUACGAGCACAUUCGCCAAUCUCGAAGAUUACGUAACGAUGAUAUUGACGGCAUUGAUCAAGGAAGCAGAGUCUCUCCUCCAAUAUUUACUUCGAUCACUACUUGGGGAUGUGGUGUCGACGAGAUUGUUUGUCCAUCGACCGGUGAAUGUAUACCUAGCUAUUAUUUGUGUGACGAAGUGCCAGAUUGCCCAGAUGCGUUUGACGAAUCAGACUCUUUGUGCGACUAUACCGUGUGCGGACUUGUUAUGAUUAAAUGUCCAGCUGAUGGAGAAUGUCUAAUUUCGUUUGAAAUGUGCAAUGGAUACGAAAUGGACUGCAGCGACAACUUUGAUGAAUCGACGGCUAUCUGUGGAGCGGAAUGUGGACGUGGGGAAUACCAGUGUUCAGAUGGAAGAUGCUUGCCAACUUAUUGGGUGUGCGAUGGGUAUGGUGACUGUGUUGACGGUGGUGACGAAGCGCCCUCUAUAUGUGCAGGUUGCAGUGUAGGAUUCUUGAAAUGCUCCGAUGGAACGUGCAUAUCAACUGAUAAAGCGUGUGAUGGAAUACCAAAUGACUGUUCUGGCAAUUAUGAUGACUCGCUAGAAUUGUGUAGAAAUGGUAAUACUGGAUGCACACAAUUUGCAUGUUCAACUGGUGAAUGCAUUAGUCAAAUGAAUCUUUGUGAUGGAAUCGCAGAUUGUGUCAGUGGUGAGGACGAGACAAACUGUGGUUGUAGCUUUGCUGAAUUUACCUGUACUGAUGGCAGCUGUAUUCCUUUAUCCUACAAAUGUGACGGAAUAGUAGACUGUUCUGAUGCGGGUGAUGAAAGCACACUGACAUGUAAUCUAACCCCCUGCACAUUGCUGCAAUAUGAAUGCUCUACUGGUGAAUGUAUGUCUACAGAUCAGCUAUGUGAUGGUAUUAGUAAUUGUCCUAGUGGUGAAGAUGAGACGAACUGUGGUUGUACAUGGGCUGAAUUUACCUGCCCUGAUGGUAGCUGUAUUCCUUUAUCCUACAAAUGUGACGGAAUAGUAGACUGUUCUGAUGCGGGUGAUGAAAGCACGCUGACAUGUACUGAUCCAUGCCCAGCAUAUGAAUGCUCUACUGGUGAAUGUAUUUCUACAGAUCAGCUAUGUGAUGGUAUUAGUGAUUGUCCUAGUGGGGAAGAUGAGGCAAACUGUGGUUGCACAUGGGCUGAAUUUACCUGCCCUGAUGGUAGCUGUAUUCCUGUAUCUUACGAAUGUGAUGGAAUAGUAGACUGUUCUGAUGGUGCUGACGAACAAACGCCACUUUGUGCAGUUUGUACAAAUGAAGAAUUUACCUGUACUGAUGGCAGCUGUAUUCCUUUAUCCUACAAAUGUGACGGAAUAGUAGACUGCCCAAGUGAAGUCGAUGAAAGCCCUCAUACAUGUACUGAUCCAUGCCCAGCAUAUGAAUGCUCUACUGGUGAAUGUAUUUCUACAGAUCAGCUAUGUGAUGGUAUUAGUGAUUGUCCUAGUGGGGAAGAUGAGACAAACUGUGGUUGCACAUGGGCUGAAUUUACCUGCCUUGAUGGUAGCUGUAUUCCUAUAUCUUACGAAUGUGAUGGAAUAGUAGACUGUUCUGAUGGUGCUGACGAACAAACGCCACUUUGUGCAGUUUGUACAAAUGAAGAAUUUACCUGUACUGAUGGUAGCUGUAUUCCUUUAUCCUACAAAUGUGACGGAAUAGUAGACUGCCCAAGUGAAGUCGAUGAAAGCCCUCAUACAUGUACUGAUCCAUGCCCAGCAUAUGAAUGCUCUACUGGUGAAUGUAUUUCUACAGAUCAGCUAUGUGAUGGUAUUAGUGAUUGUCCUAGUGGUGAAGAUGAGACAAACUGUGGUUGUACAUGGGCUGAAUUUACCUGCCCUGAUGGGAGCUGUAUUCCUUUAUCCUACAAAUGUGACGGAAUAGUAGACUGUUCUGAUGCGGGCGAUGAAAACACACUGACAUGUACUGAUCCAUGCCCAGCAUAUGAAUGCUCUACUGGUGAAUGUAUUUCUGCAGAUCAGCUAUGUGAUGGUAUUAGUGAUUGUCCUAGUAAUGAAGAUGAGACAAACUGUGGUUGUACAUGGGCUGAAUUUACCUGCCCCGAUGGUAGCUGUAUUCCUUUGUCUUACGAAUGUGAUGGAAUAGUAGACUGUUCUGAUGGUGCUGACGAACAAACGCCACUUUGUGCAGUUUGUACAAAUGAAGAAUUUACAUGUACUGAUGGUAGCUGUAUUCCUUUAUCCUACAUGUGUGACAGAAUAGUAGAUUGUCAAGAUGGUGCUGAUGAACAAACUCCACUUUGUGCAGUCUGUGCUCGUGGAGAAUUUGCCUGCCCUGAUGACAGCUGUAUUCCUUUAUCCAACACAUGUGACGGAAUAGCAGACUGUUCUGAUGGUGCUGACGAACAAACACAACUUUGUACAGAUUGUACAAAUGAAGAAUUUACCUGUACUGAUGGCAGCUGUAUUCCUUUAUCCUACAAAUGUGACGGAAUAGUAGACUGUUCUGAUGCGGGUGAUGAAAGCACACUGACAUGUAGUCUAACCCCCUGCACAUGGGCUGAAUAUACCUGCCCUGAUGGUAGCUGUAUUCCUUUGUCUUACAAAUGUGACGGAAUAGUAGACUGUUCGGAUGGUGCCGAUGAACAAACACCACUUUGUACAGUUUGUACAAAUGAAGAAUUUACCUGUACUGAUGGUAGCUGUAUUCCUUUGUCUUACGAAUGUGAUGGAAUAGUAGACUGUUCGGAUGGUGCCGAUGAACAAACACCACUUUGUGCAGUUUGUACAAAUGAAGAAUUUACCUGUACUGAUGGUAUCUGUAUUCCUUUAUCCUACAAAUGUGAUGGAAUAGUAGACUGUUCUGAUGCGGGUGAUGAAAGCACGCUGACAUGUAAUCUAACCCCCUGCACAUUGCUGCAAUAUGAAUGCUCUACUGGUGAAUGUAUUUCUACAGAUCAGCUAUGUGAUGGUAUUAGUGAUUGUCCUAGUGGGGAAGAUGAGACAAACUGUGGUUGCACAUGGGCUGAAUUUACCUGCCUUGAUGGUAGCUGUAUUCCUAUAUCUUACGAAUGUGAUGGUAUAGUAGACUGUUCGGAUGGUGCCGAUGAACAAACUCCACUUUGUGCAGUUUGUACAAAUGAAGAAUUUACCUGUACUGAUGGUAUCUGUAUUCCUUUAUCCUACAAAUGUGAUGGAAUAGUAGACUGUUCUGAUGCGGGUGAUGAAAGCACGCUGACAUGUAAUCUAACCCCCUGCACAUUGCUGCAAUAUGAAUGCUCUACUGGUGAAUGUAUUUCUACAGAUCAGCUAUGUGAUGGUAUUAGUGAUUGUCCUAGUGGGGAAGAUGAGACAAACUGUGGUUGCACAUGGGCUGAAUAUACCUGCCCUGAUGGUAGCUGUAUUCCUUUGUCUUACGAAUGUGACGGAAUAGUAGACUGUUCGGAUGGUGCUGACGAACAAACACCACUUUGUACAGUUUGUACAAAUGAAGAAUUUACCUGCCCUGAUGGCAGCUGUAUUCCUUUAUCCUACAAAUGUGACGGAAUAGUAGACUGUUCGGAUGGUGCCGAUGAACAAACACCACUUUGUGCAGUUUGUACAAAUGAAGAAUUUACCUGUACUGAUGGUAUCUGUAUUCCUUUAUCCUACAAAUGUGAUGGAAUAGUAGACUGUUCGGAUGGUGCCGAUGAACAAACACCACUUUGUACAGUUUGUACAAAUGAAGAAUUUACCUGUACUGAUGGUAGCUGUAUUCCUUUGUCUUACGAAUGUGAUGGAAUAGUAGACUGUUCGGAUGGUGCCGAUGAACAAACACCACUUUGUGCAGUUUGUACAAAUGAAGAAUUUACCUGUACUGAUGGUAUCUGUAUUCCUUUAUCCUACAAAUGUGAUGGAAUAGUAGACUGUUCUGAUGCGGGUGAUGAAAGCACGCUGACAUGUAAUCUAACCCCCUGCACAUUGCUGCAAUAUGAAUGCUCUACUGGUGAAUGUAUUUCUACAGAUCAGCUAUGUGAUGGUAUUAGUGAUUGUCCUAGUGGGGAAGAUGAGACAAACUGUGGUUGCACAUGGGCUGAAUUUACCUGCCUUGAUGGUAGCUGUAUUCCUAUAUCUUACGAAUGUGAUGGUAUAGUAGACUGUUCGGAUGGUGCCGAUGAACAAACUCCACUUUGUGCAGUUUGUACAAAUGAAGAAUUUACCUGUACUGAUGGUAGCUGUAUUCCUUUAUCCUACAUGUGUGACAGAAUAGUAGAUUGUCAAGAUGGUGCUGAUGAACAAACUCCACUUUGUGCAGUCUGUGCUCGUGGAGAAUUUGCCUGCCCUGAUGGCAGCUGUAUUCCUUUAUCCAACACAUGUGACGGAAUAGCAGACUGUUCUGAUGGUGCUGACGAACAAACGCCACUUUGUACAGAUUGUACAAAUGAAGAAUUUACCUGUACUGAUGGCAGCUGUAUUCCUUUAUCCUACAAAUGUGACGGAAUAGUAGACUGUUCUGAUGCGGGUGAUGAAAGCACACUGACAUGUAAUCUAACCCCCUGCAUAUGGGCUGAAUAUACCUGCCCUGAUGGUAGCUGUAUUCCUUUGUCUUACGAAUGUGACGGAAUAGUAGACUGUUCGGAUGGUGCUGACGAACAAACACCACUUUGUACAGUUUGUACAAAUGAAGAAUUUACCUGUACUGAUGGUAGCUGUAUUCCUUUAUCCUACAAAUGUGACGGAAUAGUAGACUGUUCUGAUGCGGGUGAUGAAAGCACACUGACAUGUAAUCUAACCCCUUGCACAUUGCUGCAAUAUGAAUGCUCUACUGAUGAAUGCAUUUCCACAGACCAGUUCUGUGAUGGCGUUAGUGAUUGUCCUAGUGGCGAAGAUGAGACAAACUGUGGUUGUACUCUGGCUGAAUUUACCUGCCUUGAUGGUCGCUGUAUUCCUUUAUCUUCCAAAUGUGAUGGAAUAGUAGAUUGCCCAAGUGAAGUUGAUGAGAACCCACGUAAAUGUCCUGAUCCAUGCCCAGCACAUGAAUGCUCAACUGGCGAAUGUAUUGCUAAUUUCCAAAUUUGCGAUGGCAUCAGAGAUUGUGUUAAUGGUGAAGACGAAUUAGAUUGUCCAAAUGUAUGCUCUGAAGUAGAGUUUGCAUGUCCCCAAGGUGGUUGCAUACCACUGUCGUCUCUGUGCAAUGGAGUUGAUGAUUGUCCUAGUGGUGCUGAUGAGAAUCCUUUCAGAUGUGGUAGAUUUAUACAUCAUGAAUGUAAAUCUGGAGAAUCUAUUGAAGCUCAUCAGUUCUGUGACGGUACCAUAGAUUGUGAGAGUUCUGAAGAUGAACUCGAUUGUGGAACUGGAUGCUUAGAAUCUGAAUACACAUGUUUGUCUGGACAUUGUAUAUCCUUAUUUCGUGUAUGUGAUGGUGUACCGAAUUGUGCAACUGGUGAAGAUGAAAGUGUCGAUCUCUGUGGAUGCAAUGUCAAUCAAUUCGAAUGCGGUAAUGGGAAAUGCAUAUUGGGAGAAUACGUUUGUGAUGGUGAUCCUGACUGUCCGUAUGGCGAAGAUGAAGACGAUUGUGGUUGUGAUGAGGCUAGGGAGUUUAAAUGUCCCACCACUGGUGCAUGUAUUUCAAUCAUCAAAGUUUGUGAUGGUAUAUCAGACUGUGAAUAUGGCGAAGAUGAACGACUGCCAGAAUGUCUUCCAACGUUGGAACCAAUUACUCCAGAACCAACCAUUGAAGAAAAAAUAUCUAGAUUUAGAAUUGAAGAGAGAUUGGACGCCAUAGAAGAGAAGUGCAAUGAAGUGGAAGAACAUGUAGAGCAACAUGAAUCAUUAAAUGAGGAAAUGUACACAGAACUCUUGGGAAGAAUCGAAGCUCUAGAAGAACAGCUCGGUGCACUUGCACCUCCUGCAACGAAUGAAAAUGUCACCGUCAAGUCUUUUCACCGUAUUGAGUCGAAGUUAGGAAGAAAAUCUCUAAGACAAGAAACUACCGGUGAAGAGAAGCAGGCAAAUUCCGGUCGCUCGGCAACUCUAGCAAAAAUUAUACCCAGCAGCAAUGUUCGUGGACAAAUUGAGAACACUAGAGAAACUAACCGCCAGGGAAACUUAACCAGAAACAUCACGAGGAAGAAGACUUUUCUUCAUGCUAAGUUACUGUCGUUGAAAAAACUUGCCUCGAGCAAAGCUAAACUGGCAAAAUGAGAUUGUAUCACCAUCUAAUGUACGAUGCUACUUUUGUUUUAAUUUUAAUAGAAUAACAAGUUUCAUAGUUUAUUUAUAUAUUAGUUUAUUAUAUUUUAAAUUAUUAGAUAGCCUAUAGGAACAGUGAAUUUAUUUAUAUAUAAGAUUAGCCCUGCGUACAGUGCUGUGUGUACGGGGACGCGUUCGGUUGAUAGAUGUCCCCACCACAGCCCUGCGAACUUUCAUAGACAAAGUCCGGGACAUUGAAAAAUAUAACUUUUUUAAUGAAAUAACAUGCCCAGCUACCAACAAUGAUGAUCGAUUACCAGAUAUAUCCAGAACUUCCAGUUCGGAGUCCAAUUGUGGAUGAAAUCGGCUACUUUGCCUUAAAAACAAACGCAUUCUCUUGCGUGAAUGAAAUUAAAAAUGGCGGCGUUUUGUGGAUAAUUCCUCCUGUACCUACGCGUUUACAAUUUGUCCGUCUUUACUAGUUGUUUAAAGACAUUUCCGUUUCAGAUAACUUUUUAAUGGUUGUUACGGAUAACUAUCGUCAUUUCAGCCGAUUUCGGCAGAGAAACUACCUAUUUUUAACUUGCGCACCAAUUACGUGCGUUCCCGGACUUUGUCUAUGGAGGUACGCAUGGCUGUGGUGGGGACAUCUAUCAACCGACCGCGUCCCCGUACACACAGCACUGUACGCAGGGCUAAUAUAAGAUAUGAUUUACUUGUAUUACAUAAUCGCCUUUAUUUUGUAUUCCCUACUUGGAGUAAUUAAUUUAUUCAAGUAAAAUAAUAAUGACCGUCA